GCUUUCCUCGUCGCUCUUUCCUCCCCAACGCCUCGGAGCGUUGCUCGUUGCGCCUCGGUCAAUCCGCGAGCAGUAUGGCGCUACGCGCUCCAGCACGGCAACGUACAUAGCGCGUCGUCACGUCGUGUAUUUAUCGUGCCAUCCACCGCGUCCCCAACGGGGUGAAUCCGCGCGCGAAUUACGGUUGUCGGAUUGCAGUUUAGACGUCCCGAGAAUUGCGAGAGCAACGAGACGAAAGAUACGACUCCGCGAAACGUGGUGAAGGAAAAUAAAGAGAAUAUAAAUUUUAUAGAUAAACAGAUUUCCGAGAGUUCCCCUGUGACGUGAGAGUUCUCCACGUUAAUAUGCAACCGCGUGCGCCGCGUCCGGCCCGACGGCGGUCGUAAAUGACGCCGGAUAACGUGCGCGCUAAUAGCGCGUUGCGAGGCGAAAGGCUUCUCUCCACUACGUGCAGUAAGCGAUAACGAGCGAUUGAGAAUGACGGGACCCUCGACGGACAUCAUUAACACUGGCAUCAGCAACAUUUUCACGGCGACGAUCGAGGAAACGAUCAUCAGGACUCUAAGAACGGCAGAUUCGCGGAUCGGUCUCACGUGUUCGCGCGCCGUUUAGGACAGCGAUAUGACAAGGUUGCGAAUGAUAGCGUAGAAAAGUACGAGACGUUCAUACAAGAUUCGCUAAUAGGUCCGAUCAAAAAGUAUAUACAGUUAAGGAAGAGCGCGUUCAGAGAGUUCGGGUUGCCACCAGCUGAUCGCUGAUAUACAACGCGCGGCAUGUUCAUCAUUAAUUAAUAGCGCGCGCUCGCUCUUUCAUUGAUAAUCUGGAAGAUCCUCUUAUUAGACUACAAUAAAGCGGUAUAUCUGCAAAAUGGCAUGCCCGUUCUCCAGCAGACGCUUCAAACUAGAUCGCAAGGAUGAGAGCAAGGACGGAGAUCAUCGUAGGAUUCCGAGAAUCAGGCAGGACGAGCGGACGAGCAAGCCGUCGCGACAAUCGUCGGUUCAAAUAACGUCAUCGCUUUUGGGAGAAGACGGUGAUGACCUCGAGGAUACACAGACACUUAACCUGAAACACCUAAGAGCCGCGGUGACCCUCUUGACGAACCCUUUGAACGAAGUGGUAGCUGUGGCGUUAGAAGCUCUAUUAAAUAAACAUGAAGUACCUCUUCCAACGUCGACAACAUCGUCUCUAGAAAAGCUGCUAAAUAAUGUUGACGAGGAAGAAAAUUAUAAUUUACUGGAAGACAUUUACGAGACACUGAAUUAUGAUUGUGACGUCGACGUGAACGCGUUUCUCGAUCAUCUCGGACAGGAGCUGAUCACGUGGGCUUGCGUGGGUCUCUUAGAGCGGGCCUUUCGUUGCCUUGGGAACGAUCUGACCGCCUUCCUGACCACACUCGACGGCGUAAACGACGUUGUUCAGCAUCAGUCAGGAUCGGAUGCCGAGGCAGAGUUUGUGUGCAUUGCCACACCGGAAGCGUUGGAGCUACACUUCACCACCGAUCACCCGUCUAUAGCCUAUCUGUUGGUCGGCAGUUUGAAAGGCAUCGCAAGGCAGUUCUAUAACGACAAAGCUGAUGUGUAUAUACUGCCGGAUCCCUACAAUACGAAAUUUUUUAGAUACCGUAUUACUCCGGAGCGUUACAGCGGACAGCUGGAUGCUGAUGUAGAUGACAACUGCGAUGUAGUGUCGCCCGCUUUCCGUCCACUCUCUACCGAGGCAACAGAUCUUCGUAUGGGUGUAGCAAGCUUCUGCAAGGCAUUUCCAUGGCACUUCGUCGUUGAUCGUCAACUAGAACUCGUGCAACUCGGCGUCGGUUUCAUGAAAAUUUUCGGUCACCACCUGAAUCGGCUUGGCAGGGAGAUAUCGACGUAUUUCGUCUUCACACGACCCCACGGCGUCACUCUGACCUUUCACGAGAUCCUAAAGCGCGCGAACACGCCGUUUAUCUUGACCCUUCAGAGACCGUAUGGCAUCGAUAAAUAUCCUGCGGAGGGUCUGGAAAUGAAGGGCCAGAUGGUACAUUGUCCAGAAUCAGACUCAAUUUUGUUUGUAAGCUCACCGUUCUUGAACGGUUUAGAGGGCUUAACGGGUCGAGGACUCUUCAUUUCUGAUAUUCCUCUUCAUGAUGCUACAAGAGACGUUAUACUCGUUGGCGAGCAAGCCAGAGCACAGGAUGGCUUAAGAAGACGUAUGGACAAAUUGAAGAGUUCUAUAGAGGAAGCCAACCUAGCGGUCGAUGCGGAAAGAGAAAAGAAUGUCAGUCUUCUACAUCUUAUAUUUCCACCGGAUAUUGCGAAGCGUCUGUGGCUGGGAGAGACAAUCGAAGCAAAAACAUAUCCGGAUGUCACAAUGCUGUUUAGCGAUAUAGUCGGAUUUACGUCCAUCUGUGCUACAGCAACACCGAUGAUGGUUAUUAAUAUGCUUCAAAAUCUCUACGAGCAAUUUGAUAUGUAUUGUGGUCAGUUGGAUGUAUAUAAGGUAGAGACAAUCGGCGAUGCCUAUUGCGUUGCAUGCGGCCUUCAUCGAAAUACCAAUACACACGCGCAACAAAUUGCUUGGAUGGGCCUAAAGAUGAUACAAACGUGCUCUCAUCACUUGACUCACGAAGGCAAGCCAAUAAAGAUGCGCAUCGGUAUUCAUACCGGAAUGGUGCUGGCAGGCGUCGUGGGCAAGAAAAUGCCAAGAUACUGUCUCUUUGGACAUAAUGUCACGUUGGCGAAUAAAUUUGAGUCUACGAGCGAACCGCUUCGCGUCAACGUCAGUCCAAUUACGUACCUGUGUUUAAUACAAAAAUCGGGAUUUAUAUUGGAACCGCGGACCAAGGAUAAUUUACCCAAGGGAAUGCCAGCCAAUGUUUCAGGCACGUGUUAUUUUCUAAAUGGGUAUCAACAUAGCGAUGUAAGUGCGAGUGAACCUCUCGAUGUGCAUAUUCAAGCUGCAAUUACGGAACUCGGAAUCAGUAGCAAUAUGUAGAUACUGUCCGACAUGGGGACAUAUACCGACGAAGUCGUACCACUGAUAAGUGUGUUACUUUAACGAUAUUACCAUCGAUAAUAGCAAUGACACACACACACUUGAUAUUAUCAGAUCGAUGUAUAUGGGCUCUCAAGCUGGCACUAAAGGUACAUUAAAAGCAUGGCGCUAAUUGUACGUACACAUUGAAAGAGAUCCUGUGCGGAUGCUAUUUAUACGCAGAGUCUUAGAUUGUAAUCAUUAUAUACUUAUAUUAAAUAUAAGAAGCAAGUAAAAAAAAACUCUACCAUGGACUCUCUCUCUA